GAGAGAGAGAGUGAGCGAGACAGGCGCAAUAGAUGAGAAUGGCUGAGCGCGCUCGCGUGGACCGCAGGCCACAGGGGUGAAAUUUAAAGGGAGGGGCUGCUCGAAAAUGGCCGUUACGCACGGGGUAGAUCGUCCGGGGGUGGACAAGUGACGGCUCUUCGUCCCUGUCUUCCAACACGGACCAAUUGACCGGCCGCCUCGCGGCGAUCGACACGGUUUACCCAUCGAUUGCUAUUAUGCGGUGGCCAAAAAGCGAUCCCUGUGCUCUUCUCAAACCCCCUCCAGACGCGCGACCUUCCAUCUCUUCCGCCAAGAGAUUAGAUCCACGCUGUGACAAUGCACGUGAGAAAAGCUAAAUAGAAAAAGAGGAAGGGAAGUGUACAGGAAAAGUGGGGAAGAUGCCCGGUUCCUAUACGGGAGUGGUAAUUCUCCUCUUGUUAGGGGCUUCUGUGCUAGUAUCCGGCACUGCGGAUGCUGCUAAGUCUCUCAGAGCUGCCAAGGCUCGGCUGAGGUCGUCUUACGCAUCGUGGCGGAUAGUGGUAUGUUUAACUCAGCCUCAGACUCCUUUCAAGACAGACGUACAGAGAGCAUGGGAGGAAGCGAGACUGGAAUCUUUUCACGCGGACAUGGAUGUGUCGUAUAUAGAAGCAAGGAUGACACCCAUGACGGAUUCCUUGUCAUAUCCCUUGACACUGUUAAACAAAUUUUGUACAGACAUCGAAGGUGGAAAGACAGUAUUAAGCCUUAUUAUAGGGGGAGGAUCGGCAGCUAGAUUUCUCGUCACGGCUGCUGCCGCCUUGAACCUACCAGCUCUGUGGUUGCCAUUUACACACAAAGACUUUCUCCGUCAGGGAAAUCUCGGUCGGUUUGAGAAUCGCAUAGGUUCCAGCUCCAAAGAGGUCGGAGCCGCGGCUGCCGCUUUAAUGUAUCGGGCUAACUGGCACGCGUUCACCCUCCUCAUCGACACCACCUUGUUACCAGUGACCCAUCUCCUGCAGCCGACAUUGACACCACGCGCGAUUAUACACUUACCAACGAACGACAGGACAUUGAGAUUGCGACUGAGACGGGUGGCCGAGGAGGGUGGUAGCGGCGGAGUCGUAGUGAUGGCCUGCGACCUGAUUAACGCGCGGAAAAUUCUUGGGGCUGCUGGCAAGUUCGAAAUGCUCUCGGGCAGAUUCUUAUGGCUGUGGUUAGAUCUGAAGGCAGAGCUACGACCCAACGAGCCCAAUAUCAUCAGCUCGCACAUCCUCCACAGCCAGAGGACCGCGAUCGCAGAGACGGACGAUAAGACGCCACUCGAGCGGGUGACAAAUAUCGUGUCGAACGAACGAGGACUAUCGCUCAAUCCGUUGCCCAAUCUGGCUAACGACAUACAUCGACUGCAGGAAUACAGAUGGAAGGACGAGAAAACGGUGAGCAAACGGGAAGACAAGAGCUUUCGUUUCGACGAAGAGGAUGACACCAGGUUUACCAACGACAAGGAACUCAACUCCAAGAGCUUCAUGCCGGUCGGCAUGCUCGCGCUCAGACCGUCCGGCAUCAAGAUCAUGGGUGGCGACACUAUACUGUCUAGGAUGCUGCGUGAAACGUCGCAAGCACUGGACGAGACCUUCCUGGAGACAAAAGGGAGGAUCAGUCGACUGCGAGAGACGCAGCUCAAAGAGUACUUUGUGCCGGAAUGCUUCCCCGAACGUAACGCCAAGUUCUUGAUGAGUGACGCUCGGCAAAACGUAUCUACGACGCUGACGAAGAAGCUAAGAAAGUCCAUGAGACAGAUCUCCAAGGAUAAGGCAGAGUUCCAGCUGCUGAAUCUGCAAGCUGUCAGAUUUCCCGGGAAUAAGACUCAAUUAAGGUGGACCAAGGUCGGUACCAUCAAGGGCGGCAAAGAAGUGCGCCUGGACACGAUACUUUGGCCAGGCGGUGGCAUCGUACCGGCGUAUCUCGAGCAGGGUGGCGAGAGGAUCGGUAUGCCAGUGUAUCGCAUAGUGACCGCGCUGGCAUCACCGUUCACUAUGGUGACGGAGCUGCAGGAAGGUUUCUGCCUGCGCGGUCUAACCUGUCGUCAAGGUGACACCGUAGCGUGCUGCUACGGCCUCAGCAUGGACCUGCUGACACUGGUAGCACGCGAGCUCGGCUUCCGCUUCAACCUGUACCUGGCCGAAGACGGUCUGUUUGGCAAACGGAACGGCAGGAACGGCACAUGGAACGGCGUGAUGGGCGAGCUCGUGGCUGGUCGAGCGCAAUUGGCGUUCGCAUCCAUAAGUGUGUCCGCACAUCGGGCCGAAGUGGUGGACUUCACCACGCCGUACUACUUUAGCGGCGUGAGCUUCCUCACGGCGCCGAAGUUACGGUCCGAGAUAUCGCUACUCGCGUUCCUGUUCCCGUUUAGCCCGGAACUGUGGAUCGUCAUGUUCUUUUCAUUGAACGGCACCGCGAUGGCAGUUGCGAUUUUCGAGUGGGUAAGUCCGUUCGGCCUGAAUCCCUGGGGCAGGCAACGCAGUAAAAACUUCUCUCUGGCGUCCGCCCUGUGGGUAAUGUGGGGCCUGCUGUGUGGCCACCUCGUCGCCUUCAAAGCCCCCAAAUCCUGGCCUAACAAGGUCCUCAUCAAUAUUUGGGGCGGCUUCUCCGUUAUCUUUGUAGCCUCGUACACAGCCAAUAUAGCUGCCCUCAUAGCCGGUCUCUUUUUUCACUUAGGAGGGAGCAAUUAUCACGAUAAAAGCCUGCUGUCGCAGAGGGUCGGUGCGCCGAGGGCAUCCGCGGCCGAGUACUACGUACAGAAAGCGAAUCCGCAAUUAUGGUCCCACAUGGCUCGUUAUUCCCUGUCGAACGUCGCCGAGGGUGUGGAGAGAUUGAGAAACGGCAGCCUGGACAUCCUGAUCGCCGACACGCCGAUCUUGGAUUAUUAUCGAGGAAUCGACGGAGGCUGCCGUUUGCAGAAGAUCGGCGACACCAUCAACGAAGACACUUACGCGAUCGCGCUCACUAAGGGCCAUCCGCUCAAGGAGAGCAUGUCUAAAAUAAUAGCGAAUUACACGAGCAACGGCUUGCUCGAUGCUAUGCAGGAGAAAUGGUACGGUACUCUGCCAUGUAUCGGCGAUCGACAAGGUAUGGACAAGGUAUGGAUGCUGGAUGUUUCUGACCCGGGUGACCAACCCAGACCGCUAAGAGUAGCAUCUGUAGCCGGGGUGUUUUGGCUCAUCUUUAUGGGCCUGAUGCUCGGCCUCAUCAUAUUGAUGGGCGAGCACUUGUUCUACAAGUACAUGCUGCCGCGAUUGCGACGCAAACCGCAGGACUCUGUCUGGCGCAGUCUCCACGUCAUGUUCUUCUCGCAGAAGUUGUACAAGUUCAUCAAUUGCGAGGAUCUGGUCUCGCCGCAUCACGCUGCCCGUGAAUUGGUGCACACAGUGCGGCAGGGCCAGUUUGCAUCGCUCUUCCAGAAGAGCGUCAAACGAAAGGCACACGCACAUGAAAGUAACAGACGUAAAGACCAGUUCUUCGAGAUGAUCCAGCAAGUUCGCACAGUUCAACGAGAAAACAAAGAAAUCGAGAUGUUAUCAGAAGUAACUGAGGAUACAAAAACAGAGAAGGACGAGAAGUUGGAGAAAAGCAGAGAGAGAAGUUGCAGCAAAAGCCCGCUGAUGUUGCGUAGUCCUAAGCGUUCGGAGAAGAGCAGAAGCUCCACCAACCUUUCGGUGUCGCGCCUCGGAUUGUCACCGGUGAGUCUGGACGCACCGAUAAAGCCGCGCGAGUUCACGCUCAGCAGCACGAAUCUGCGCGCGAGAAGUCCGCUGGAGACGGUCGGCCGUAGACUGAGUCACGGGGACGGCGGCUCGCCGCCGCCACGUCUCGGCUCUCACUUCGGCGGGAGUGCCACGUUGCGUCCGUUGGCACCCACUAGGAGUGAUUCGACCGGAGGUACGCCUGUCGUCAUGAAGGGUGAUUCCUCCGUGAGCGGUGCGCUGACGCCGAGAUACUUCCGAAGUCCGGCCAAGCGAGGCCAGUCCUUCCCGGUGUUCGCUACUCUCAGACCGCCGCACUCGGCUGGCUAUCAGACGUCGAAGAGUCCGCUAUUGUCGCCAAAUAGCGAACUCACCUCUGCCGUAGGCAGAAAACUGUCGCGGGAAUGGGGUUCCGGUACCAUAGACGACCUUACCAGGUCGUCAGAGGCCAUAGGUAGCGGCGGUGGCGGCAGCGGUGGUGCUGGUGGUUCGAUGUACAUGUUGAAUCUAGAGAUGACUCUUUCCGUGACCAGUACUAAGCAGGACAACGGCCAGCAGGAGUUCACGUUGCCGAUCAAGAAACCAAUACGACGUGCCAGAAGCCACGAGAAUCGUGACAACGGUAAGCUGAUGGUGGACCUGCCGUCGCCGAGAUUGACCUUGCCAGCAGUGGGUGGCGGUUCGGUGAGCGAGCGCACGAAAAAUCAGCUCAAGUCCGAGCUAAAGGCGGUUAUAAGUGCCAGGGCUCACCAUCGCGACUUGCAUCCUCCUUGAUAGGAAGAGCCCUUCUCGCGCUAAGAGAGUUCUUGAAAGCGACAGCUUCGAGGGAAAAUUGCGCUCUAAGCCUCUGAGGGGCUUUAAUUGAUUUAAGCAAUAUCAGAAUUAUAGGUCAAUUUGUAGAGGAAUCCGAUACAGUUUAUCAAGAGAAAAUACUAACUAGUUGAGAAGUCACGAAGAAGAGACACACAUGACAUACACACGAUCAUUUCGAACACGAGGACAGUUUUGUGCGUGAGGUAGGAGGGCGGCAGGAGACAGACAGUCGGGACUAGAAACAGGGGAGAGAUCUCUCUUUAAUUGUUCAUAUGUUGUUACGUACAUUGAUAAUAUAGGAUACGUUGAUGAACAAAAGUGCGCUAUAAACUUUAGUAGAGAUGUCUUAAAUAGGUAGCGAGGUACAUACGAAUACUAAGAUAUUUUCUUGUUGGCAUUUUAACUCUACAUUAACCGGCAGCCCGGGUGAGUCUCUCUCGAUCGCUAUGGUAUAUCAGAUCUUACAACGCCUGCAGCGUUUCUCAACUCUGAACUUUUCGACGAUCCACGGACGCACGCACACACACACACACACACGCGCGCGCGCGCGCGCACAUGCAUAUAUACAUGUGUCGCUCCGUUAUUCUAUCGUGGUCGCACGUAACGACAUACACGGGAUUUCCUCCAGAAAGAAAAAAAGAACUAUCGACUUUUCAACUCAUUAAACGCGAAACGCGCUACAGCAUCCACUGAUAUAGAUAUUGUCGCUCUGGGGAGUGUAAAUAUACGUCAAAACAGAUUACACACAUAUAUAUAUAUAUAUAA